AUGGUACCGCAUUGCACCGUACCAAAAUCAGUCAUUCCUUCUGCUCUCCGCCAGUACUGGCGUCUUUUCUGCUCUGUUGUCCCUUGCUGCUCGCCAUGGCAGUGGCAGCAGCAGAACCCCCCCCCAUCCCCUGCCCCGUGGCUGCUGCUCACUCACAGAACCGCAUUUCACCGCACUGUAUUCCUAUUCCUGCUCCUGUUCCUGCAGGUGGUGUGGCAUUUUUGUCCUGGGCUCUAUACCUCCCUGUCUCGUGCUGCUCUGCUGGCUGCUACUAACUCACAAAACCGCUCUUCACUGCACUGCACUCCUAUGUCUGCAGGUGGCGUGGCAUGUUUCUCCUGGCACCACAGUUUGCACGCAGCAGCGCGAGCAGCAGUGAUUCUGAGAGGAACGGAGGAGGCAGUAGAGGUGUUACAGGAGCUCACGUCAGCACAACCAGCAGCACUGACGUCAGCACAACCAGCACAAGAGCCAGCACACGUGUCAGCACACGAAGCACUGAAGCCAUCCUACCCAUACUCAUCAGCAGCAUCUCAGUCAGCACUGGAAACGCAAACCUCGUCACCUGCUGCUCAUCAUGCAAUCAGCACCACCCUGCACUCGCCUCUGCUCAACAGCAGCUACUCUGCUCUGCCCGCUCCUGCCUCUCUCUUCCAUCCAAGAUAUCGACGAGUGCUCCUCUUAGGCUCCGCGCUCUUCGCCCUGCAGCAGUUUGCAGGCAUCAACGCGGUCGUUUACUUCUCCUCCCACAUCUUCCGCUCUGCUGGAUUUUCCUCCGGCAUUGCCGCUUCUGUUCUGAUCGCCUCGUUCAAGCUAGCAGCUGUGCUGCUGGCUGCUCGUCUGGUUGACUCUGCAGGGAGAAAGCCCCUUCUGCUGCUCUCCUUCCUUGGCAUGCUUUUUUCGUUUUUCCUUCUCUUCCUCUCCUCAUCUCCCUCUCUUCCUCUCUCUCCCUUCCUCACCCUCCCUUCCUCUCCCCCCCUUCCUCCCUCUCCCUUCCUCUCCCUCCCUCCCUCACCCUCCCCUCCUCACCCUCCCUCGAAAUCCAUGAAUGGCGAUGCUUCAGGGGUGCUCUAUGUUGUUCCACUCAGCGGUCCUCUCCUUGCCUCUCCUGCAACCCCGUGCGCCACUUCUCUCCAUUAUCGGCACAAUCACGUAAGAUGA